AUGGCUCAUCACCGAGAUUCCAGUUCGGACGACAACGAGAAGAAUGGAGAGUCCUUUGCUGAGCGAAAGGCCUCCGUCGUUAGCGCCAUUGAGAGUCUACAUGAACUGCCUGAUCCAGAUGCAGGCAAGUCGGCUGAAGAGCGCAAGAAGAUUGAUAGGGCCUUGAUGUGGAAGGUUGACCGCUGGCUCAUCCCCUGGCUCUGUCUGCUCUACCUUCUAUCCUUUUUGGAUCGAACAAACAUAGGAAAUGCGCGUCUUGCUGGUAUGGAGGCAGACUUGGGAAUGACUGGACACGACUACAAUAAUUCUCUUACUAUCUUCUUCGUCUCCUAUGCUUUGGCAGAACCAGUAACAAAUGUCUUGCUCAAACGACUUACUCCCCGUGUGUUUUUCACGGGAAUCAUUUUGGCCUGGGGCCUUUGCAUGACACUCAUGGGUCUGGUCACCAAUUACGCUGGUCUAUUGGCCUGCCGUUGGUUCUUGGGUCUUGCAGAAGCUGGUCUGUUCCCUGGUGUCAACUACUACCUCAGCUGCUGGUACAAGCGGUCAGAGUUGGGCAUUCGAGCAGCUACUUUCUUCUCCGCAGCCGCUCUGGCAGGCUCCUUCGGUGGACUUUUGGCAGCUGCUAUCGCCCUGAUGGAUGGCAUUGGCGGCAGAAAUGGAUGGGCGUGGAUUUUCAUCAUCGAAGGUCUUGCUACCAUGUUUGUCGGCUGUUUCUGCUGGUGGAUGACGUUCAACUGGCCCGACACUGCUGGUUUCCUUACCCCUGACGAGCGAAUCCGAGUCCGACGACGACUUGCUGAAGACAAGCAAUCGUCAACAGGCGAAGAAUAUGACAAGCGACACAUUAUUGCCGCCCUGAAGGACUGGAAGUGCUGGGGCUAUGCCUUCAUCUACAUGGGUACAUUGUGCCCUCUAUACUCCUUCUCCUUGUUCCUUCCAACCAUCAUCGCCGGUAUGGGUUACAGAGGCACACAAGCACAACUCCUCUCAGUCCCCCCAUACGCAGUCGCUGCAGCAUUGACCAUCUUCGUCGGCUUUGUGGCUGAUCGUACAAAGUGCCGAGGAUACUGUAAUAUGGCAACAGUCCUGAUUGGCAUAACCGGAUUUUCCAUGUUGCUAGGAAGUCAAAACGUGAAGAUACAAUACGCCGGCACUUUCUUGGGCGCGGCUGGCAUUUAUCCUGCCAUACCUAAUUCUCUGACCUGGUGCUCGAACAAUAUCGAAGGUGUUUACAAACGUGGUGUCAUCAUCGGCAUUGUUGUAGGAUGGGGUAACCUGAACGGUGUGGUGAGCUCCAAUAUUUAUCUUCGCCACGAGAGACCCAGAUACUGGACUGGUCACGGCACAGUCCUUGCAUACCAGAUUUUCUGCCUUCUCGGAGGCACUAUCUUCAUGCACCUUAUGUUGCGACGAGAGAACAGACUGCGACGCUCUGGAAAGCGAGACAACAUGCACCAGGGUAUGACAGCCGAGCAAAUUUGGGUUGCUGGCGACAAGCGACCAGACUUCAUGUACACCUUGUAA